ACGGACUAUCAACAACCAAGAUGGCGACCUCCGUCCCCUCUCUUUCAAUUCGUUAUAUUUUAUAACGCAGAUUAUUAUUCGAUAUUAUAAUACAAAUAUAUGACUUUUGUCUAGUCGCUGGUCUCCGCCCAUGAUCUAGCUGCCUCACAUCGUAACCCGGGCAUCGAGUCAGCGGAUCAUCGUCUGAGCAGCGGCGUCCCGCGGUGGUCGUCAUGGUGCUGAAGGUCUUCUUCCCGCAGUGCUGCAACCGCGCGGCCAGCGGGCUGCUGGUGGGCCGCUGGCUGCCCGGCCGCGACACGGCCGUGGUGCUGGCCGUCAUCCACUACCCCUUCAUCCCCAGCACCGUGAAACAGUACCUCCAGAAGGUCCAGGCCCAGAGCCAGGUGCCGGUGGAGGUGCUGGGCUCGUGGAGCAUGCCCAGUGAGAAGCAGGAGGGUCUGGACUCCUUCCUGAGGGACCUCCGCACCAUCUUCCCCCAGGGCCGCUGGCUGCAGGUCAGCCGGGAGGUGGGCAAGACCGGCUUCAGCUGCCAGCUGCUCCCGCUGGCCCUAGGUGAGGGGGGGGGGUGGAAGGUGGAGAAGAAGGAGGAGCAGGCGGAGGGUGAUGGUACAGAGAAGGAGGAGGAAGAGGAGGUGGAGGAGAAGGACAGAGUCAUCUUCGUCCACUACGACCAGAGGAAGGUGAUGGUGUCCCAGCUCCACCCUCUGGAGAGCCCAGCCCCGCCCGACUCGGAGGAAACCUCAGAACUCAGACAGAUGUUCUGGACGGUGGGCCGCAGCGAGCCGCUCUUCCUGAAGGAUAAGUACGACGACGGGCCGCUGAAGAUGAGCCACUGGCAGUCGGAGGGCCGCGAGGCCAGCAUCCUGGUGGAGCUGAUGAAGCUGGCCUCCACCCCGCUCUGCCUGCUGCUGGCCUGGGUGCUGGGCGCCUGGGGCUGGGUCACUGGCACACGGCUGCUGAACCUCCCUCCUCUGCGCUUCCUGUCCAGUAAGCUGUCCUCCUGCGUUCAGCUGAGCCACAGGACCGCCCACAUGAAGACCGUGGCCUCCUUAGACAGAGCCACCAGCCACACAGACUUCAUGAGGAAGGCCAACGUGCUGGUGUCCGUGCUGCUGGACGUCUUCCUGGGGCUGCUCUUCAUCUCCUGGCUCUACCGAGAGCAGCGGCUGGCCCGCCUGGCCAGCGCCCUGAUGCCCGCCGCAGACCGUGUCUCCAAGGAGCUGGAGGAGCUGCUCCAGUGGCUGAUGGGAGCUCCGGCCGGACUGAAGAUGAACCGAGCCCUGGACCAGGUGCUGGGGCGCUUCUUCCUCUACCACAUCCACCUCUGGAUCAGCUACCUGCGGCUGCUGGCUCCCUUCCUGGAGGUGAUCCUGUGGUAUGGAGGUCUGUCCGCGGCCCUAGGCCUGACCUUCGCCCUCUCUCUGCUGUCGGACAUGCUGGCCCUCCUCACCUUCCACAUCUACUGCUUCUACGUCUACGGAGCCAGGCUCUACUGUAUGAAGCUCUACGGUCUCUGUUCUCUCUGGAGACUCUUCAGAGGCAGGAAGUGGAACGUUCUGCGGCAGAGAGUCGACUCGUGCUGCUACGACCUGGACCAGCUCUUCAUCGGGACCCUCCUCUUCACCAUCUUGUUGUUCCUGCUGCCCACCACAGCCCUCUACUACCUGGUCUUCACCAUGCUGCGUCUGAUGGUGGUGGCCCUGCAGGGCGUGCUGCACCUCAGCGUGGACCUCAUCAACUCCUUCCCCGUGUUCGCCCUCGGCCUCCGCGUCUUCACACCGUACCGCCUGGCUGAGGGGGUGAAGUUUCGAGUUCUGUCUGAUGAGCCUGGGACAGCCUUACAUCUGCUUAUGGAGAUGAACGCUCUGGGGUUCGGUUCGGUGGUCCAGACCUACCGGACCCCCACCUACAGCUGCUACCCGCCGGACUCCUGGGGCGCCCUGCUCAGGAAGCUCUUCGUGGGGGAGCUGGUGUUCCCCUGGAAACGCAAGACCACCAAGACAGACUGACCCCCCAAACACAAGAACACCAAGAGGGACUGAGCCCCAAAACACUAAAAGUGUGCGUGUUUGUGCGCUCGCGUGUGUUAGUGCACGCAGUGGCCAGUUGAUGAGGGAGAGAGUUUCGAGGCUCUUGAGGAGUUGCCAUGGGGACAGGUGUGGCUGUUGACCAGGUGUGAACAUGAUGCUGGUUCUAUGUUGUUAUGAUGUCUCACCCUGGAUUGUGCUGUAGUUCUAGUCUUAGUUGUAGUUGUAGUUAAGUUGUUUUAACCCUGCACUAAUGAACCAAUGAGGGGUGGGGCGUCCGUUUAUUUAUCCUAGGACUUGAUUGUUUUGUUUCAGGUGAAUCUGUUUUGAUUGUUUUUGUUUCUCAUUGACGAUUUUUGUUUGUGUUGAUCUGUGGAAGUAACAUUAGGUCCCGACCCAUUUUGUCUGAUUGGCUGGGGAACAUUCCGUAACAUUAGAUAUGUCUGAAGCCUGUUUAGCUGAGGACCAUGUCUCUCUGUGAUUGGUCGAUGUAGAGCUGGAGGUGAACUGGUGCCAACGUUCUCUUUGAAUACAAUGUGUCUGAUCAUGUGUUUUUCUACUAUUAAAAACUAAUAUUAUUAACUAACAGCUCAACCCUGUGGUAGUGUGUGGAGAGAACCUCUACUCAAACCAGUCCUUACCUCCCAAUGAAUGAGGGUGAUGUGAUGCUACCAGAAUAACGGGCAACACUUAGAUACAGCCGGCUACAAGCUAACACACAGUCAUAAUGCUGCCUCAUACGUUGGAUACAGCCGGCUACAAGCUAACACACAGUCAUAAUGCUGCCUCAUAUGUUAGAUACAGCCGGCUACAAGCUAACACAGUCAGAAUGCUGCAACAUGUGUUAGAUACAGUCAGAAGGCUGUUGAAUUCUAAAUCGGCUUUGUUGAUUGUAAAGAUCCCUGCUCUGGCAAUACUUUGCCUACACUUUCACAUUCAUAUAGUCAUAAUUGUAUAUUUAUAGUUCUAUAGUAUUGUAUGAAGUUUUUGGCUAUAGUAAUGUCAUGGUUACGUUCAAUCAUUUGUAUAGUUGUAAUGUUAGUAGGCUGUUUACUUAUGUUAAUCAGUAUUCUAUAUAAAUAUA